AUGAAACACCUUACUUCGUCAUGCCUUCCUGAACCUGAUGAUACAGCAAUAAAUAACAAGUGGGGAUGCAAUUACUGCUCUUCGGAGCUCUUGGAGUCUGGAAUUCAAUUUCAAAUUGGGUCAUGGGAGGACCAUUUAUUGAACAUAACUUUCAGCAACGGAGUCAUCAGCAUUCCCACUGAUCAUCGACAAGACCACGAUUUCAGUGUUCAGGAACCUCAUUGCCUUCGAGCAAUACAGUCUUACCUCGAUACAUGGAGUUACAUCAUACGCCUGUCUCAUGAAGAAUCUCAUCCGUAA